UGCUUUUCAGAGAAGACAUUUCUUUGCCACCAGAAGAAGAUUCAGAAAUGGAAAACAUGUUUAAAUGUUUGAAAUGUGAUAAAAAUUUCUCAAGAAAGGCACAUUUUAUUACACACAUGAAGAGUCACACCGGAAAGAAGCCAUUUGGAUGCUCAGAAUGUGAUAAGUGUUUCUCGAAAAAGAAAAGUCUUACUAGACACCAGAGAGUUCACACCGGAGAGAAACCAUAUAGAUGUUCAGAAUGUGAUAAGUGUUUCGCGGAAAAGGGAGGUCUUACUAAACACCAGAGAAUUCACACCGGAGAGAAACCGUAUAGAUGUUCAGAAUGUACUGAGAGCUUCUCACGACCAUCAUCUCUUUCAUACCACCAGACAAUUCACACAGGAGAGAAACUAUUCAGAUGUUCAGAAUGUGACAAAUGUUUUUCUAACAAAUCUGCACUUAAGCAACACCACAGGAUUCACACAGGAGAAAGGCCAUUUAUGUGCUCAGAAUGUGACCAAUGCUUUAAACAAUGUAAUCAUCUUAUGCAACACCAGAAGAUUCACACAGGAGAGAAGCCAUUUAGAUGUUCAGAAUGUGACAAAUGCUUUGGGCAAAAAUCUAAUCUUACUCAACACCAAAAAGUUCACACAGAAGAGAAGCCAUUUAGAUGUUCAGAAUGUGACAAAUGCUUUGGGCAAAAAUCUAAUCUUACUAAACACCAAAAAGUUCACACAGAAGAGAAGCCAUUUAGAUGUUCAGAAUGUGACAAAUGCUUUGGGCAAAGAACUAAUCUUAAUCAACACCAAAAAGUUCACACAGGAGAAAAAACAUUUAAAUGUUUGGAGUGUGACAAGUGUUUUAAUGAAAAGACACAUCUUACUCAACACCAGAGGAUUCACAAAGGAAAAGAAGCUGAUUAA